UUAGUCGUGUGGGGAAUUUCUGUGCGUUGCCUGAAAGUUUGGUAACAUCUAACGUUACACGCGUGUUUAACGGGAUAUAAACUGCGGGACACUUUAAUGUUUAGGACUUAAUUGACACGUGUCCUGUUAAGCCGUAAAACUGAACGUCUUCACUCAAAACUAACUGAAAGUGGGCCUAAUUUGCACGUGGGAGCCCCCGGGUUAGAUUACUGCAUAACACGGCGAACUACCGUUCCUCCGAUGGGACACCUAGCGCGUUUAAUCCUAGUCCGUUAAUCCCGUCUCGUCAGCGCACCGUUGAACAUGGUCGAGGAGGAGGAGGAGGAGGAGGAGUGUCCUCCCAACAACGGCAGUCACCAUAAAAACUUCACGGUCCCGCUUCCGCUACAACUCCGGCAGACGGGCAGCAUCGAAACUUUUUCUAAACGUCUCUCGCCAAAUCCCAAAUAAUUUCGCGUUGAAGGGACUCGGAUUUAAACGUUGACGCCAUCAAACAGAGACGCGACGAGGUGGCUGGUGAAGCAAAAACAUCGGGGGCGGGGAAGAAAAAAAAAAGUUUUGACUUCUCCCUCGGGGGCGCGAGAAGUGUGCGCUCGUGGGGAGGGGGGACGGGGACGCGAUGGCUCUCUGCGGGAGAAGGCAUCGACAUAAACUCAUUUACGUCCUCUUCGGCGUCACCCUGGUGGGAUACCUGCUCUUCACCGGCCGCGACCCGGGGCCCGCGAGCCGCCGGCAGGCCCCCGCGGAGCCGGAGGUGGGCGGCGGCGGCGGCGGCGACGAGCUGAAGAAGCCCGUCUACGAGAAGCCCCCGCUGGAUUUAAACGCGCCGGGUGAAAUGGGCCGAGCCGUCAAACUGAAUCUCCACGGAGAGGAGAAAAGAAAAGAAGAGGAGAGCGUGAAAAAGCACCAGAUUAACACUUAUGUCAGUGACAAAGUGUCGCUGCACCGACGGCUGCCGGAGAGAUGGAACCCGCUUUGCAGAGAGCUGAAGUACGACUACCGGUCCCUGCCCACCACCUCCGUGGUCAUCGCCUUCUACAACGAGGCCUGGUCCACCCUCCUGAGGACGGUCCACAGCGUGCUGGAGACGUCGCCCGACUACCUGCUGAAAGAGGUGGUGCUGGUGGACGACUACAGCGACAGAGCUCACCUGAAGGAGCCACUGGAGAAGUACAUCGCCGGUUUGAGGAAGGUGCGUCUGAUCCGAGCCACCAAGAGGGAGGGGUUGGUGCGUGCGCGGUUGCUAGGGGCGUCUGAUACCACGGGUGAUGUGCUGACCUUCCUGGACUGCCACUGCGAGUGUCACGAGGGCUGGUUAGAGCCCCUGCUCCACAGGAUCAAGGAGGAGCCGUCGGCAGUGGUGUGUCCCGUCAUCGAUGUGAUCGACUGGAACACCUUCCAGUAUUUAGGGAACCCCAACGAACCCCAGAUUGGGGGGUUUGACUGGCGGUUGGUCUUCACCUGGCACUCGGUCCCAGAUUAUGAACAGAAACGCCGCAGCUCGCCCACUGAUGUCAUCAGGUCUCCUACUAUGGCGGGUGGUCUGUUUGCUGUGAGCAAGAGCUACUUCCAUUACCUGGGAACGUACGACACAGGAAUGGAGGUGUGGGGAGGAGAGAACCUGGAAUUCUCCUUCAGGAUCUGGCAGUGUGGAGGCAGCCUGGAGGUCCACCCAUGCUCCCACGUGGGUCACGUGUUCCCUAAAAUGGCCCCUUACUCGCGGGGCAAAGCUCUGGCAAACAGCGUGAGAGCCGCUGAGGUCUGGAUGGACGAAUACAAAGAGGUCUACUACCAUCGAAACCCCCACGCACGACUGGAGGCCUUUGGAGACGUGACGGAGCGAAAGCAGCUCAGAGAGAAGCUGGGCUGUAAGAGCUUCAGGUGGUAUCUGGAUAACGUUUACCCCGAUAUUCACGUCCCAGAGGAUAAGCCCGGCAUGUUUGGAAUGCUGAAGAACCGAGGAAAGACCAACUACUGCUUCGACUACAACCCCACGGAUGAAAACGCAGUGGUGGGCCAAAGGGUCAUCCUGUAUUCGUGUCAUGGCAUGGGUCAGAACCAGUUCUUUGAAUACUCCCCGGACGGGGAGAUCCGCUACAACACGAGGGUGCCUGCCGGAUGCGUUUGGGGCGACGACGUCAGCACCUACCUGACCCUGCAGCUGUGCCGAAAACGGGGACAACCUCUUCCUGCGGAGCAGAAGUUUGACCUCAGAGAGGAUGGUAGCCUGUACCACGCGGUGAGCCAGAAGUGCGUCGAGGCGGUAGACAAGACGGACAACGCCACACCGGCCCCGGCACUCCAACCCUGCUCGGACAGCCUCCUCCAAAAGUGGUUCUUUGAGGAGAGAAUGUAACGGUAUCAAACUGGAAUAUAUCAGCAGGGCUGAUGACUUGAGGAGUGGUAUGGGUGGAUUCUGGUACUCUGAAAGAAGCUCAAAGGCAGAAGCUUCCUUCCUCUCUUCCAAAAUUCAACAUUUGCACCUGUGUGCUGGUUAUAAUCGCCCAGUGGGAAAUUAUACUGGAAUGUACUUUCCGGAGAACUUUGAGGGGGGGGGGGGGAAGAAAAUAUAUAUGGGAAUCAUUUUUCUUGGAUGCUGUUGCUGGGAGACAGGAGCCAGCUGGAAUAUGUAUUGUUUCUGUAAUCAAGGAGGACUAGUGAGAUGCUGCACAAUGAAGACAUUCUGCCAAUUUUUUUUCUUGUUGACAUUUACCCACUCCAGCACCGUCUGCAGUCUGUGAGAUCAGUGUAGGCGUCAUGCAAACACUGAAAAAUGUGUACAUCUGCCCAACUGCGUCAGAGCACAUGGAUUUUUAGAGACACACUGCAAGGCAUUUUUAAGACGUUUGCGUCUUCUCCUGCAGAGGGGGCCAACGCUCCUCUCUGCAAGUUCUUAUCUGUCGCCUUUUUCUCUAUUUGAUGAGAGAAAGUGGGACAAAACUUCAGGUAUUUUGUAAGAACCAUUUUGAGUGCUUUGUUCUCUUGCAUACCAGUGGCUUAAAAAAGCCUUAGAAAACAGGCGCUAUGCAAGUACCUUCAACUUAAUCCCCUAACUGAUAACAGAAGAAACUCCACUCUGCUUUGACAUUUUGCAAUGCAAAUUUAACUUUAAAGUAAAAUGACGGAACAUGGGUCCUUUUCGCUUCAUGGCUUGGGUCUGUGCUCUUUUAAUUGUGACAGACAAAAAUCAUAUUGUAUUUUUUGGAAUUUCAACUAUGUUUAUUUAAAAUGACGUAUUAUAUGUAAAA